CAUGAACGGGGAAGAAAAAAACAAUUUUUGCAAAGACGCGGCACUGAACCAUGCAGAGGUGACAACGGAAGAAAAGCACGCGGAAGCGGUACCAGAAAAUCUAACAUGUCUAAUUUGCUAUGAUGACAUAGACGAAAGCAACUACAUCGAAUAUAAAACCAGCCAAUUUAGCGAGUGGCACCCGAGCAUGUUCUGCCAAAACUGCACAGGCAUAUUAAUACAAACCCAGUACCAUAAGUAUAUAAAUAACGUGCAAAAGUCAGAGUGCCUGAGGGAACAGAAAAACCUACUUGAAAUGGGACCUCCAAUAAAUGUAAAGGACAAAAACGGCUUUCCCCUCUCAGAUGGAAAUGAAAUUUACUGCCUUUGGUACUUUUGCGAUAAAAAAAUUCACUCGGCAAAGUUGGAUGGCAGCUUGGCGGGCGAGGAACGAAUGAAGUUGUGGAAUGAGUUAAAAAAUUUUCUCAUAAAAGAGGAGAAAACGGACAAAGCGGAGAAGGGUCAAGACAAUUCUGCAGAUAUCCAGCACAGUGGCGGCCGCUCGAGUCUAGAGGGCCCGCGGUUCGAAGGUAAGCCUAUCCCUAACCCUCUCCUCGGUCUCGAUUCUACGCGUACCGGUCAUCAUCACCAUCACCAUUGA